UGCCUAACACUCUAAGCCAGUUAUUAAUAACAGCCCAGUGAGCUCUGCCUCCACCAAGAGCAUAUGGUGUGCUUGAAAGGAAGAGCCACCAUUCCCGUGACUUUGGACUUGGCCUGUUGAACCCCGAACAGGACCGAGGUUGCUAGGCGAACACCUGUGCCCACAGCACUUGGUCCUGCCAAAGCUGGAGAGGAGAGUUGGAAACCGGUCGAGCCGUGCUGCCUGCCGCCGCCCGAGGAUCUCUGGGAGCAAGAAUAUCUGAAUAUGAGUGGUAGAAACUGGAUAUUAGUGUCUACAACUUCACCCCAAAGCCUGGAAGAUGAAAUUCUGGGACGGCUUCUGAAAAUUCUAUUUGUUUUGUUUGUUGACUUAAUGUCCAUUAUAUAUGUCGUCAUAACUUCCUGAAAGCCUGACAUCAUUUAUUCUGUAUGUUUCUAACUAAAUUCCAGUGAAUAAAGACCUACAUUUUAAUAUGA